AUGACUGUUGUUCCAGUAGAGGCCGACGAGGACUACGUCAACGACUUUGUCCAAGACUACAGCGACGCCAAGCGCCUGGCACCGAGCCGGUCGCAAGAGCUCGCGGAGAAGGCGCUCAGCACCGAGCAGCCGGCCCCACCCGAUGAGGACGUGAGUUACCCCGUGUGGGGAGUGGAGCACGGGGGUCCGGGGCUCGCACACGACCCUGCUCCUCAGAACCUUUGCUGUCCUUGUGUCAACGACCUCUGGCGCGAGGAGGUCGCCGUGUGGAAGGCCGUCCGUGACGGUACGCCGGCUGAGGAGCUCGCCACCAAGAAGUCAUUCAAGCAGUGA